AUGUCGAACUGGGGCUUCUUGGGGGACUACGGGAAUUGGUUUUCCCCCCCCAGCAACAACCUCGCCACGGCGAACGUGGGAGCCCCCACGGUGGGCACGGGCAUCCCCACGAGCAUCCCCACGAACAUCCCCACCAACCUGGCAGCAGCGGCGGCAGCCACGGCCAGCAGUUCCUCGGCACCCCCAUUCUUUGAAGAUACCUUGGACCCCCGGAUUAGGGAAGGAGGAAAGAACAGCGCGAGCAGCGGAGCGCAUAAUACACAUGAAAAGAGUCGUCACAAAUACAAAUUUAAACAUAGCAAGAAGUAUCGGUCAGAUGAGAGAGACAGGGGUGGGAGUAUAAAUGAUGAGCAUGGGCACCGCAGCAGUAGCAGUGGGAGUAGGGAGCCUGGGAGUGACCAGGGCAACAAGGGGAAGAGGGAUAAGCACAAGGAGAAGAAGGCAGAUAGGAGGGAGUACAGGGCUAGGGGCAGCGCUUCGAGCGACGCCGGGUUGGGCGGGCCCCCCGGCGGGGCGGCCCCAAGUGGAGCGGCUCGAAGUGGACCGCCCCCCAGUGGACCACCCCCCAGUGGACCACCCCCCAGUGGAUCGGCUCCUCGUGGCCCCCCCCACAGCGGGAGCGGCGAGCAGAGCAGCGGGUUCUUCAGCAACCUGGGGCUGGGGAGCCUCUUCGCGAACCUCGAGAGCCCCUCCUUCUGCAACGAAUACAAGACGGGUUACUGCCUGGACGAGGAGGCGAAGAACGUGCUCGGGCCGGACGGCGCCAAUAAGUCCUCCUCCAAGAGGGGCAGCCGAAUUGGCGUGGGGAUCGACGGCACCGGGGUGUUCGGCGGUUCGAGCGGCGGGACCGAUGGAAGUGGCGCCCCGGAGGGAACCCCAGUAUGCGUAGACACCACCUACUAUGACAUCCUUAAUGUGAAGCCCACCGCGACGGCCAGCGAAAUUAAAACCAGCUACUACAAGCUAGCCCUGAAGUGUCACCCAGAUAAGAAUGCAGACGAUCCAGAGGCGAAAUUGAAAUUCCAAAAAAUUAAUGAAGCAUACCAGGUGUUAAGUGACUCAGAAAGGAGAGCAGAUUAUAAUAAAAAUGGUUUAAAUGCAACGAAAGAUAUGGUGGUGAUCGACCCAUCGUUGCUCUUCAUGAUGCUCUACAGCUCAGAUGAGUUGGCCGAUUACAUUGGCACGUUGCGUGUGGCGUUUUUUAUUAAACUGGCAUUCGAGUGUAACACUACUAUUGAGGAUAUCCACACACAGGGAGGAAAGAUGUUUUCUGAAAUGGAGGUAGAGCAAUCGAAGAGAGAAGUGGAGUUGGCUCUCCUUCUACGGAAACGACUGCAACCAUUCGUUGAUGGGGAUACCAAAUGGGCAGAUAAAAUUGAAAGGGAGCUAACCGAUAUGAUGGAUUCUUCUUUUUCAAGCUCCAUUUUGGAAUCCAUUGGCUGGAAUUACCGAAAUAGUGCUUCGGCUUUCAUUGCUGAGGUGACCACUUUAUGGGGCAUGGGAGCUACUGUCCCCAACAUACAAGCACAGAAAAGGUCCGUGCAGAAUAACCUCGGGUUGGCUACCUCCAUCAUUAGUACCUUCCUCACCAUGCACAGGAUGGCUGCCUACAAUGAGAUGUAUGGCACCCUUGACGGCGUCGAUUUGGGAGGCACUGCCAGGAUCACCACCGGGGGGAAAGACUCCCACGGGGAAAGCACCACUCGGGGGAAGCAACCAACAGGUGGUGACAUUGCAAGUGGCAACCUGAGUGACCACUCCAGUGGAGGCUACUCCAGUGACAACUCCACGGGGGGGAAGUUCACCGAUAAAGUGGCCGACAAGUUCAGUGACUUCUUCGGGGAGAAGCGCAAGGAGAAGAAGAGGCAGAAGAAGAGGGACAAGGGGGGCGCCUCCUCAGCGGCGAUGAGCGGGGUUAGCGGGGCUAGCGGUGUUUGCGGAGUUAGCGGUAGCGGUGCUGGCCCUGCUGCCUUUUUUGGCGGCCACGCGGCGGGGCCAGCGCAGCCCAGGAGCGGCACCAUGGAGGUGAUGCACUACGGCGUUCCUCAGCAGCAGCCGACGCAGCAACCAACGCAGCAGCCGACGCAGCCGCAGCAACGAUCGCCGCCACCACCACCACCCCCAUCGCAUGAGAGCAACCCCUGGAAACGACUGACCAGCUCCAGCAAAGAAAUAGACCGGGAGGCCUACCUCGAAAAGAAGAACACAGAAGCGUUUGGCAUCAUCAUCAAGAACGUGCUGAAGGUGGUCCUCUGGGAUAUCGAGUGCACCGUGAGGAAGGUGGCAGAAAAGGUCCUGCGAGAUGAAGGAGUUUCCAUUAAAGUGAGACUGCAGAGAGCCAAGGCGUUGAAAAUACUUGGGAAGACCAUGCUUAAGCUGUCCAAGACAAAGAAAGAUAUGAGCGACUCUAAGGAGUUUGAUGUGAACCAGCUGUUCGAGACGGUCAUUUUGAAGGCCGCGGAGAAGGCCGCGGCGGAGGAGGCCGCGGCGAGGGGCGAGGAAGAGAGCGUCUUUAAGAGGGAGGCCCCCUAG